AUGAUGCAGCUGGGUCAGGACCAUGGCGAUCACCGGCUGGUGAUGGCCAGCCGCGAGCUGUACGUACACGCACUUCAGCAGAUCAUGGGCGCCCUGAAUCGGCCAUCUCUGGCCGUGGCAGAUGAAACCCUCGCUACAGCCAUUUUGCUUGGCGCGUAUGAGAUGGUGAACGCUACGGGCCAGCAGGCGUGGAUGCUGCAUUCGCGCGGAGUCGCGUGUCUGCUCGUACUACGAGGAGCCCAGGCUCAUGCCACAGGGUUAGGUCGGACCUUGAUGCUAUCGUUUCGCGGGUUCAUAGUCUUCGAUGCUCUCAUGAAGGGCGAAAGGUGUUUUUUGGAGGCACAGGAAUGGCGAGAGAUCAUCCCCGAGGGCGUCCAAGAGGAAGAACGGCGGGGUCAGGCCAGCCGCCUGGGAGAACUGAUCGAAUAUGCGUUCCAUGAGAUUGCCCACUGUCCAGGAUUUCUCGCAGAAACAAGGGCGAUGGUCGCAAGCACUCACGCAAGCAAGACAGACCGAGCCCAUUUGACUCGUCGUAUCAUGGACUGCCGACAGAAACUGAGUGAAAUCCAGCUCACUAUACUGACCCAUCUGAAUUCGGACAACAGAGGCGAGUUUAUUGGAAUGAUCACGGCUGCCGCCGCCAACACCCUGGGAGGGUUUUCACUUGAAGGAAUCGGCUCCGGGAUCUCAUUCUUGCAGCAGUUGUUGACAGUUCUGACAUCCAAUGCUUCUCGUCGUCAUGCUUCUCGUCAACGACCGUGGGCCACUGUAGCGCCGUAUCCCUUUCAAGUGAACGUGCCCGCUUUCAUCAACGCCCAGGCUGUUGCAAAGGCAAUUGCCGACGGCAAACACACGCACCAACCUCCCGGCCCGCAGACCAUACAGCGGCCCGAUACCUGGUUUGACCGCGUUUCCAUGUCGAUGGGCAUGGUUGAAGAGAUGCCGCCCACCUGA